CAAAUCGGGAAACUAUAUUCGUUCGACGCUGAGUCGUUGUUCUACCGUCGUUGAGAUUGCAACACUUCUCGAUUUCGGGCUUUCGGUAUUACAUAUACAAAAUAACAGAAAUUCGCCGUCGCCGCCGCUCUUCGCUUAAUUUCGGCCAAAAUACACAAUUCUCGCGUCGCACGUAAAUAGCCCAGCUGAAAAAACGAAAGCAUCAAAUCAUCGAAAAGUGAUAAAAAGCUAAUUAUGCAAAAAUAAUUGUUGAAAUUCAUAAGGCGCAAACGUUUCGCAACAAAAUAGGUGCUAAUUUAUAUCUUAAAAGAUCCAAUUGUUAAGUUUGAACAACGGCUAAACGCAAAUGCAAUCCAGCCAAUAAGUGAAUCCAAAGUCAAAAACGAAAAAAAUCACAUCGAGCGGAAAGUUUUAAACUUGAUUUUUUUCGGCUGCUUGCAAACGAGGCAAGGGAAACAAAAAAAAGAGUUAUCAAGAAUCAGCAAGAAGCGCACAUCCAACUGUAUACAUGCGUGCUACAAGAAAAUCAGUGAAAGCCAUCUCAAUAGUCCCAGCCGCCGCAUAAUAAUCGCCAUCCGAUCCGAUCCGAUCCGAUCCAGAUCUCCCGAUUCGAUAAUUGAGUUGAUAUAAUCCAAUCUCCGCCGUACCAAAAACGAAACAAAUCGCAAACUCACCGGAGCCGCUCGAUCCCCAGCGAACGGCAGCGACAAUAAGUUUUUUGGCCAGCGCGCACCUCCAAUCUCCAGCAACAGCCUCAAGAUUCUGCCAUUCGGAGCACCCAACUUUCGUCUGGAGACGACACCCGCAGAGAUGCACAAGAUCGCAGCAGCGCCGCCUCCAUCGGCCACGCCCGGCGGAGGACUGGAUACGCCCCUGGCGGCGCCCAAAUAUGGCACAUUAAUACCCAAUCGCAUCUUUGUGGGCGGCAUCAGCGGCGAUACCACCGAGGCCGAUCUGACCCGCGUCUUCAGCGCCUACGGCACGGUAAAGAGCACCAAGAUCAUCGUGGAUCGGGCUGGAGUGAGCAAGGGCUAUGGAUUCGUCACCUUCGAGACGGAGCAGGAGGCGCAAAGACUGCAGGCGGAUGGUGAAUGCGUGGUACUACGUGAUCGCAAACUGAACAUUGCACCGGCCAUCAAAAAGCAGCCCAAUCCUCUGCAGUCAAUUGUGGCCACAAAUGGAGCCGUCUACUAUACCACCACGCCGCCGGCACCGAUCAGCAAUAUACCCAUGGAUCAGUUCGCAGCCGCUGUAUAUCCGCCAGCCGCUGGAGUGCCAGCCAUCUACCCACCUUCAGCCAUGCAAUAUCAGCCAUUCUAUCAGUACUACAGUGUGCCAAUGAAUGUACCCACCAUUUGGCCUCAGAAUUACCAAGGUUAAAUCCAAAAAAGAAAAACAUAAACUAAACAAAUUUUCGUAGUCGCCAAUUUUUCGUUGAGAGCUGCCCUGAAUAAUAAAAUCAUACCAACAACUAAACUGCAACAACUACAACUGCAACGACAACAACAACAAACAACAACCAUCUGCGACAACAACAACUACAACUACAACAACAAUACCACGCUAUAUGCUAUAUAUGCCCCUCAACUCUGAUCGAACUGCAGCAGCAGCCGCACUCUUAGCUUAUAAUUUUUAGUUGAUUACGAUUAUUUUAAUAUGCCUAUGGUUUAAUUUAAUUUAUGCUAAGUUUGGAGCUUUAGUUUUGGCCACACACACACACAAAAAUAUGUAUGUACAUGUAAUGUAAAUUAGUUGAAUGCCAUAGCGAGGGAAAAACUAAAUUUAUAUUAUUUAAUCUUCGAUUUCUUUUGAUUGGACAACAAUUUUUUUUUCGGUUUUGCUUGCUGUAUAUAGCAGAGAAUGAAUGUAAAUAGUAGUAGUUGGCACAAUCACUUUGCUUAUACAAGUAUAUAACAAAUACCGAUAUAAAUCAUAUAAAUCCCUAGGUACAGAUAUAUGUAUGAAGUUUUUGCCAAAAAAAAACAUUUUUUUCGAUUAUUUUGUAGGAAUUUAUCCAUGUUAACUUUGAGGAUGCUACAGCUACAGCAGCAAAAGUGAUGCUACUACUACUACUACUACCAAAACAACAACAACAACAAACAUGCAACAAAGAGCCACAGCAACAAAAGUAAACUACAAAGCAUAAAUAGAAUUUAUAUAAACUCAGACACAGAAAUACACGCACCACAGCUGCAAUUUCGGAAAUGUUUAGUCAAAGGAAAUCGUAUAUUGAAGGUAGAAGCGCUCUGGAAGGACACUCACCCACACAAGCACACACACCCACACACAUACACGCAUACAUAUGUAGAGCGCAGGGAAACCAUUGCAAAAUGCUGUAAAGUAAGCUGCUUAUGUUAUUAGGGAUGUGGCGAGUGAAGGAGUGUGAGUGAGUGUAAUGAGUGAUGGGGGAUAAAAUUUUUGGUAGACGAAACAUUUAUGAUGUGCAAUUAGCGGUGGAGCGCAGGGGAGGGGAAGCGGGUAAAGGGGCUAUAACCAUAGGGACGUCGACAUAACUGCAGUGUGUGUGUGUGUGUAUGUGUGUGUGUGGAAAGUCAACAAGUGAAAGACAGAAAAAUAUAUGUGGAGGCAAGAGAGGAGAACUUAAAACCAUAUUUAAGCUAUGCUAUAUAGGAAACAUCAUGCUAAACAUACAGAACUGGAUUAUACAGAUGCAGCAGAUGUGGAAAGCACUCACUCAAGCCAACAAACACCCAUACAUACGCACACACACUCACACACGCGCGCGUGCAGGACGAACACACUUAUAAAUAUACUAUAUAGGGAAUAAACAAGUAAAAUUGCAUAACACACACAUACUAUAUAUGGUAGCUAAGAAAGCGGGGCAGCGAUCGAAGAUUAAAGACAUAAUAUUAUGCAUAAAUUAAUUUAUAUACAUAUAUACAAUACAUAUAAAGCGUAAAGUAACUGUAACUCGUAACUGUAACUGUAACUGUCCCACACAGACACAUACAGCAAUACAAAGCAAAAAGAUGAAUAAGCAAAGGAGACGACAAAGUCAAGCAGCAAAGCAAGCACACACUAAAACACUUACACACACACACACACGCACACAAACACACGCACACAAACACACGCAGACGCACACACGCACGAGUCCUGAGCGGAAAGUCAAGGAUAACUUAUGAAAAUUAUGAAGUUCCCUUAACUUUCCGAUCAGAAUUCGUUUAAAAGGUAAAGAAAACCUAACUUGUAAGCCAAGCAAAAGAAAACUGAACGAAAUUUUAGUCUACAAGAAAAUACUAAUGGAGGAAAAGUAAAAAUCAUGAAAUCUAGCCACAUAAGCCAAGCAAAAAGUGAACUAAAUACAAAAAAAAAACAAAAACAAAACACUACAAUAAAGAUAUUCAAAAUAUGCUAGCUAAAAAGGCGAAAAACAUACACACACAACUCCCGACUAUUAUAAACGGGAGGCAUAUAUUAGAGAGACUAUUAAAGGAAAGCUAAACUCAAAGCUCUAGCGAAAAGAAAAUAGAUACAAAAAAACUCAAGCAAUACAUAGACACUCAUAGGUGUGUGUUACACAAGAAUAUAGUUAAAUAUAUACGAAAAGCAAGCAAACGUAAAAUAAAAUAAUAAUUUAAUAAAACUAAUGUACAAGCAAAAAUCAAGCAAAACAAGCUCUGCGAAAAUGUUGAUUUAUAAUUUCUGUUUUUUCUACACUCACUUAAGAUUCUGUUGUAUCUAUUGUUAUGAUGAUGGCAUCAAAACUAAUCAAAAACACGAACGAGAAAAGCGCGAUGUGUUAACCAAAAUUAUUUAAAGUAAUGCGAACGCGAUGGCCAAAACAUUUGCGGGGGCAGCCGGCGAUCUGCGAGCGAAUUCCAUUCAAAAUUGGUGCAUAAUUUGGCUGAAAUAUGAAAAUUCGAGAUAAAUAUUUACAUAUACGUAUAUGCCUUAUUGAACGAAACUAAAUUAUUUGCCCACUUAAUACUGUUAUCGUAUUGUAAUAAACCAACCCAGAGGUUUCAAAAAUACCUGCUAAAACAGAUGUCGCCGAGGUCGCCCACAUUCACAUCCCAAAAAGAAAACAACCAAAAAAUAAAAUUGGUCGAGACUCGCUGCCGCCGCAAAUGGAUUUCGCUGCGAAGUUGUUGACAAAUUUUUACUAAAUUGUUAAAUAGUUAAAUACAAAACAUUUUUAAAUCGAAUUGUAACAAUAAUUAGACAUGAAAAAAUUACUCUUUGUUGAAACGAAGCAACACAAAAUGUAAUGUAAUGAAAUGGAAAGCAAUAAUUCACUUAGGCAUGCUCUAGUUAAAAACUAAAACUGAAAUCAAGUCGAAGAAGCAACAUAGAAACCACCAACCAACCAAGAGUACUUACAUGUAUGUCAGUCAAUAGGGAUUUUAUUUAGUUCGAAGGCCCGGAUUAUCCAGUUGAAUACAAAUUGCUGGGUGGAAUGUGAGUGACAAGGCCUAAUUUCGAAAUGAGUUCUUCAUUCAUUCAUUCACUCUUUUCAACCAGCCAUCGCCAUCCCAGCAAUUUAAUCUUCCGCAGACUAAUCGCAAACAGAACAGAUCAUAACUAAUAAAUCCAAGGCAUAACUUAAGUAUAUACGUGAUAUUUUGAAAGCGAAAAUUCAUAAAUAAAUUGUUUAGGUUUAAAACAAUAUUAAAUAUAUUAUACAGAUAUAUACAUAUAUACAUUAUAACGAUAAUGCCAAGGCAUAAUUAAAACCAUAACGAUUAAUUAAUUAAAGAACGAAUGAACAUUUUUGCUGACAAACAAAAAAAACAAACAAAGGAAAACCAAAAGAAAAACAAACAAAAGCAAAUGCAAAUGCAACUGAGAGGAGUAAGAUGUUUGUAAACUCAAUUUAUUGUACGACUUGAAUGAAGGAGAGCGAAAAGAAGUUCUUAAGUUUUUACUGAACAGCAGCAAAGAGCAGAGAGCAGAUUGUCCCAUCGUAAAAAUCUAUUUAGUUUAUAUAUAGUGAAUAUUUAUAUUAUAUAUACAUAUAUUAAAUGAACAAAUGGCAAGUAACAAACAACCAACAAAAAUGAAAUAGCAAUUAGACGAACGUAAAAGGAAAGUGAAAAGUUAUAUAUAUACAAUACAUAUAUAUCAUAGCGCAAAGAAUAAUAUAUAUAUAUAUACAUAUAUAUAUAUAUUUUAAUGAAGGAACAUCAACUGAUUAAGUGCAGCUCAACUAAGAGCACAACAUGUUUUUAGACUAAGUACCUACCUACCUAAAUGAAUUCAGCAAUUGCAUAAUAUACAAGAGAGGCGAGAACGCUGAAAAUGCGCCAGGCCCAGAGAAGGGACAUAAGAUUCUACUUCUACGGCGUCCAAUUUGUAUAAUUAUAUAUACGUGCAUAUAUUACGAGGAUAAUGCCCCAUGAUCAUCACAACACAACAACAAAUUUAAACAAAAACGAAGCAUAUUUAACCACAUACAACAACCACACCCACACACACACACUAUACUACCUAUAUAAAUAUAGAAAUGAGAAAGAGGAAAAGAACGCAUAAAUAGCAAUAACAAUAAAGCAACAGCUACUUAAUAAUUUUAGCAAAAUGCAAAAAAAAAUGAA